CAGCCUCCACCAUGUGUCACACCAGCUGCUCUUCAGGGUGCCAGCCCUCCUGCUGUGUGUCCAGCCCCUGCCAGCCCUCCUGCUGUGUGUCCAGCCCCUGCCAGCCAUCCUGCUAUGUGUCCAGCCCCUGCCAGUCAGCUUGCUGCAGGCCUGCUGUAUGCAUUCCUGUGAGAUACCAGGCAGCCUGCUGUGUUCCUGUGAGCUGCAGGCCCACUGUGUGCAUGGCUCCCUCAUGCCAGUCCUCUUUGUGCGUGCCCGUGAGCUGCCGGCCAGUCUGUGUGACCUCCUCCUGCCAGUCCUCUGGAUGCUGCCAACCAUCCUGCCCAACUGUGGUCUGCAGACCUGUGAUCUGCAACCCCUCCUGCUGCUGACCAGUGUCUCUAAACUAGGGAUUGCCAUCAUAGACAGGACACAUCUAUUCACAUCCAUCUCUAUCCUCUGUGACUGUGGCAAGAGGAAGGCAGGCAAACAUACCCAGCCCGCUGUGGAAUGGGGAAGAGAAUGCAGAAUGACCCAGAUUCUGCCCUGCCUUUCUCUAAGGAUGUCCUACCUCCAGCAUCCUCUUACUCCCUGUAACCAAUAAAGUAGCAUCUCCAGUCA